AUGAAUCUCAAACACCUCCUUCUCUUCAGCACCACCCUCGCCCCAAUCUCCCUGACCCUCGCUAAUCCCAACCCCAACCCGGUCGGCCCCCGAAGCCCCCAAUCCACAGGCCUACUAUCCGACCUCCCGUCCCUCAUCGACAACCUUAAGGAACUCCUCAGUCAAGACACAGUCGACAACCUGGAAACGAUCGUCAAGGGGGCAGCAGUGCUACUGGGCGGCGAUACGCCGCAGAACUUGCAAAAGUUGUUGUCGAGUAGCAAUAUCGACAAGUUGCAGAAUAUCAUCGAUAAUGCAGAUUUGCUGUUGACGACGUCGUUUGUUAAUGAGACGAGUGAGUUGAUUGGGGAUGCGUUGCCGUUGGUCACUGAUGUAUCGGCGUUAUUGACGGCUAUUAUGAAGACUACAUGA